GUUAUAUUAUAUAACUUGAUUUUUUUCCGCUAUUAUUAUUUGGCACUGCUGCAGAAACCACAAACUAGCAGACGAAGUUGAUGAUGAAAUAUUCGUCACUUGUGUAAUUUUGUUGGAGUUCCGUCUUAUUCACAAUCACAAUUCACCAAAUUGUCAGAGAAAAAUAAAAUUGCCUAAGACGAAUAUUCCUACUGGAAUGCUCAUACUGAGUGCCUCCAGUUUCCUUCGAGGCCUUCAAGCCACCACUCACAAUGGGUUACCCCGUGUCCAGUGUGCUAUGGGACAGAGUCUACGAUAUCACUUACCCUACAGUAAUGUUGCUUACAAGGCAGCAUAUCCAGUCCACAAGAAUUUUGUUAAUGUUAAAUCAGAUUUUUUAGUUGUGCAAUGUCGUAGCUUACAGACAACAAAUUCCAAAUGGGACAAUGACCCCCUCAAGCCUUCGUCAAGGGUUGAAGAGUCAGUCCUGGCUUUCAAAGAGGAUCUGAAGAAAGAACAAGAAAAGAAGUCAACUGCCACUCAGCCAUUGAUGACAACUGCAGUAGCGAAACCAUCUAUUGGCAAAAGAAUCAUGGAUGAACUAAAACACUAUUAUCAUGGUUUUCGUCUGCUAUUUAUCGAUGUGAAAAUAUCGUGGAAUCUUCUUUGGCGCUUAUUGAGAGGAGAAUCGCUUUCACGUAGGGAGAAGAAACAACUCGUGAAAACAUCAGCUGAUGUGUUCCGUCUAGUGCCUUUCUCCGUCUUCAUUAUCGUUCCCUUCAUGGAAUUUACUCUACCCAUCUUCCUGAAACUUUUCCCCAAUAUGUUGCCAUCCACUUUCCAAACGGCCAAUGAAAAAGAAGCAAAAAUGAAGACAUCAUUAAAGGUUAAACUGGAAAUGGCCAAGUUUUUACAGCAAACAUUGGAUGAAAUGGCUUUAAAACGAGCCGUGGGAAGUGGCCAUCAGAGCUACACGGCUAAAGAGUUUGCAGAAUUUUGUGUCAAAAUUCGUAGUUCGGGACAGCAAGCUUCCAACGAAGACAUUCUGCGUUUCUCUAAGCUCUUCGAAGAUGAAAUAACUCUGGAUUCUUUGUCACGGCCCCAACUAUUAGCUCUGUGUCGUGUGCUAGAGAUCGCAACACUUGGACCCAAUAGCCUUCUUCGUUUUCAGUUGAGGAUGAGGCUUCGAAGCUUGGCCGCUGACGACAAAGUGAUACAAAAGGAAGGCAUCGACUCUCUGACCGUCAGUGAACUACAAGCAGCUUGUCGAGCUCGCGGCAUGAGAGCAUUAGGAAUUAGCGAAAUCCGUCUCAAGUCUCAAUUGCUCCAAUGGCUUGAUCUGAGUCUGAACGAAAAAGUUCCUCCUUCAUUAAUGCUUCUCUCUCGUGCACUCUACUUACCGGAUAGCGAUGUUACCUCUGAUCAGCUCAAGGCAACAAUUGCCUCUCUUCCAGAAUCCGUAGUUGCGCAAACACGCGACGCAAUCAGUCAACGCCGUGGUAAGAUCGACAACGAAGCUCGUAUUCUGGCUGUGAAAUUAGAAGAAGCUAUGAUUGAAGAAGAGCGCAAAGAAAGUAUUGCCAAACCAGUUCCAGUCCCAGCUGCUCUGUCACCAGCGUCAGCCUCCGAGUUGCUAGCAGAUUUAGCUCCAGUGAUUCAAGAUAAAGCUAAGGUGUUGACACCAGCUUCGGCUACUGAUGACCAAUUGACUUCAGCUGAUGUCGCCGCCUUGGAAAACGCACUGGAAAGCAUCGGUGUCCAGCGCAAGCGACUCUUAAUUGAGAAAGAAGAACUGACAGAGCUCAAAGAAGAAAUGGCUGAAUAUCAAGAAGAUAUUGAGGAAUUGAAAGACUUUUUGGAUUCUUCUGCUACCCAACAGGCACCAGAACGUAGACGCUUGGUUCUUCGGGAAUCAAAGGCAGCCCGACGCCUUUUCCUCUCUGUUAACCGCAUGAUCCAUCAACUUGACGGUACAGUCGAUCGUCUCGAAGGAAGAGUCGAGCGCAAAACGGAUGAUAGUGGAGAAAAAGUGGCUGAAGUUGAAGAGAUUGUCUCUAUUGAAGAAUUAAUUGCUUCUAUCCGAAGACUGCAGGCCGUGGAGAAUUCGGCGAAGCUUCAGCAAAUUGUCCAACUCCUUGGUCAGAUUGAUCAAGAUUGUGAUGGAGUCGUCAAAGUUGAUGAUCUCGUGAAGGUGAUUGAAUUAUUGAGUGAUGAAAAGAUCCAGAUGAGCUCAAAGCAAAUGACAGAAAUCCUAAAUUUGGUUAACAAAGAAGAAAUUCUUGAAAUGGAAGGGAAAGUCGAAAAGGCUCUCGGUCAGGCGAAAAUAGCUGCAGCUCACGCGGCGGCUGCUGCGGUCAACGUCGCACUUAGAGUUGAUCCACAAGCAAUUUCUGUCGAGAAAAUUCCCAUGGAUGAAGAUGUGAAGAAACCCAAAAUGACUGAAGAGGAUAAUAAAAACAACACCGAAGAGGAGAGGAAAAAAGCUUCUGGAAAUCAAUCAGGCAGUGCUUGAUGUCCUGACUGGCUUCACAUACAUUUUAGUUCAAUUUCGGGUUGAUAAUUGGCAUAAUUCUAUAUGUCAAUGUCAGAAAAACGCCACAUGUUUUCUUUUUUUUUUUUUUGUAAAUUUUAUCAUUACAAACUGGUUUAUGUAAAAAAAUUUGUUUUAUGUGAACUGGCCGCCACUACGGCAUUUUGAUGCGGCAUGUGUCCCUAAUUCCCUUUUUUGCGCUUGCUUGAUGUUAUUCCACGGGCAAUUCGUAACAAAUCGUAACGGGCAAAACAAAAUGUUAAAUUCUGUCGUUUGAACCGUUGUUUAGUGAUUUAAUGGACUGUUUUGUAACGGUGAUUUGGAGCGCAACUGUUCGUCAGCAUAAGUCCAAAUUAUGGGAAAUAAAGCAAAGGUUUAGCAUCGUCA